AUCCGAUCUGUCGAUUCAAAGACGUCAGGGCGAAAGCUGUCACCGCAUCUUCCAGUUCUCAGGCUGUACGAAGAAUUCGACGGCUCUUCCGUAUUCGUUCUUGAAUUGGUUGCUUGCUUGAUCGUUUGCCUCAUUGCUGGUUGCUGUCGUUGGAUCGAGAACCGGGGAUAGGUCGAAAUAGAAAGCACGGCAUGGACGGGCGAAAGCAACAGGAGAAGAAAAGGUUGCGAAAGAGUAAGAAGGGCUUGCGAGUGGGGUGCGGUUCGGUGGCAGCCUCCGAGCGUUGCAUCUCCUGCACCACCUUCAACAUCCUUGCGCCGAUCUACAAGCGACUCAGCCAGGAGGACCAGAGUUGCAGGGAGAGCCAGUACAAGGCGUAUUGGUUGAACCGGAAUGAGAAGAUCAUCGACCAGCUCUUGGUCGAUCGCUCCUCUAUAAUCUGCCUCCAGGAGGUUUGGUUGGGGAAUGAAGAGCUCGUUCAAAUGUACGAGAAGAGACUGGGCGAUGCUGGUUACAUAAGCUUCAAGCUCGCUCGAACGAACAAUCGCGGCGAUGGUCUCCUUACUGCUAUGCGCCAGGACUAUUUUAGGGUCAUAAACUAUAGAGAAUUGUUGUUUAAUGACUUUGGAGAUCGUGUUGCUCAGCUCUUACAUGUGGAAUCGUCUGUUGCUUUAUGGCAAGGUCAAACAUGCAGCGUCCAGCAACAAAUUCUGAUUGUGAAUACUCAUUUGCUAUUUCCUCAUGAUUUUAGCUUGUGUAUAGUUCGUUUGCAACAGGUGUACAAGAUUCUCCAGUACAUAGAAACAUAUCAAAAAGAGCACAAUCUUGAAUCCAUGCCCAUCAUACUCUGUGGAGAUUGGAAUGGAAGCAAACGGGGGCAUGUUUAUAAGCUUCUUAGGUCUCAAGGAUUUUUGUCAUCAUAUGACACACUUCAUCGGUACAGUGAUGUUGAUGCUCAUAAGUGGGUCAGCCAUCGUAAUCACCGUGGGAAUAUCUGCGGAGUUGACUUCAUAUGGCUUCUAAAUCCUAACAAAUUCAGAAAACCAUUGAGAACUAGCUGGAAUGAAGCUGUAUUCUGCCUUAUUAAGUCUCGUUUACGAGCCGCUUCUCUUACAGAAGAUAAUGCUUUCGCAUUCCUCAAAAUGGACAAUCCUUUUGAUUGCAUAACCUACUCAAGUUUCUGUCAGGCACUACAUCAGCUUGGUUUGUCUAGUCAUCCUCAUGGUCUCAGUCCUGAUGAUACAAAAGGUCUAUGGGCUCAAGUUGACACUGAUGGAAAUGGUAUCGUAGAUUUUGAAGAGUUUCAGCAACAAAUCUGGAAUCCUAAAUGCUUUGAGAAAGCUGACGAAGAAACAAUAUUAGAAACUAAAGAGACUCAGAUGAUACCACAGACCUUUGGAUUUAAUGUUAAGGAUGCAAUUCUCUUCCCGCCAGAAGUUGAGCGAGGGAUGUGGCCAGAAAAUUAUUCUCUUUCUGACCAUGCGCCCCUUACGGUUGUGUUCUCGCCUGUAAAGAUUCCUUGUGGUCAAUCAGUUUGCUAACUCUUAAUGGAGAAAGUAGGAUUUGUUGCCUCAUUGUAUACAUUUCAUACUUCAAAGUAAGCGACAUUUGAUUUGUAUAUGUAAUUGUGAUGGCAGAAAAAAAUAAAAAAUGAAUGAAUAAGUAGAAGAUAGCAUUAGAUGAGAUCAAAAGUGUAUAGAGAUUUUGUUUAUAUCUUGACAAAUCUUUGUACUCUAAUGUAAAUCAGCAAAUCGUUUUGUAUCAAUGUGACAGCAUAGCAGCUACAAAGUUUGCAUAUGUAAA